CGGGCAGAGCGCGGCAGGGCUCCGCACCGCAGCUCCGCUCCGCACCGCGCCGGGCCCCUCCCGGCGGGCCGCCGCACCGGGCAGGAAGGGGUGGAGCGGCCGGCGGAGCGCACGGGCGGGGUGCCGCGGGCGGGGAAGCAUCCCGGCCAUGCUGAGGCCGGGCGGGCGGGCGGUGCCGCGCCUCCCCGGAGCGCUCCCCAUGGAGCGGCUGUCCGGCCAGCCCUGAGCCGGCGGCCCCCGCCGCCCGCCCGCCCGCCGCCGCCGCCGCCCCCCAUGGAGCCCGAGGAGCGGAAGAUCUCGGUGUGGAUCUGCCAGGAGGAGAAGCUGAUCUCCGGGCUCUCCCGGCGGACCACCUGCUCGGACGUGGUGCGGGUGCUGCUGGAGGACAGCCACCACCGGCGGCAGCGGCCGGCGCUGCCCGAGCCCGGCGGCGGGAUGCUGUCGGGGCCGCCGCACUCCUACUGCAUCGUGGAGAAGUGGCGCGGCUUCGAGCGGAUCCUGCCCAACAAGACGAAGAUCCUGCGGCUGUGGGUGGCGUGGGGGGACGAGCAGGAGAACGUGCGCUUCGUGCUGGUGCGCAGCGAGGCCUCGCUGCCCAACGCGGGGCCGCGCAGCGCCGAGGCGCGGGUGGUGCUCAGCAAGGAGCGCCCCGGCCACGGCCUGGGGGCGGCCCGCGCCAGCCUGGCGCUCACGCAGGAGCGGCAGCGGCGGGUGGUGAGGAAAGCCUUCCGCAAGCUGGCCAAGAUCAACAAGAAGCGGCAGCAGCCGCUGGCCCGGGAGGCCUCGUCGGCGGAGAGGAUGGAGACGCUGGUGCACCUGGUGCUCUCGCAGGACCACACCAUCCGGCAGCAGAUCCAGCGGCUCCGCGAGCUGGACCGGGAGAUCGACAGGUACGAGGCCAAGAUCCACCUGGACCGCAUGAAGCGGCACGGCGUCAAUUACGUGCAGGACACCUACCUGGUGGGGGCCGGCGGCGGGGAGCCGGAGCCGGGCCGGGAGCCGGGCCGGGAGCCGGGCGGGGCAGCCCAGCCCGCCGCCGGCCGCCCCGAGGAGGACUACGCCAGGAAGUGCGAGGAGGUGCUGCAGCUGCAGGAGCAGCGGGCGCAGCAGGAGGAGCUGCUGGAGCACCUGGCCGCCGAGAUCCAGGAGGAGCUCAACGAGCGCUGGAUGAAGCGGCGGCGGGAGGAGCUGGAGCUGGCGGCGGGGCCCGGCCUGGCCGACACGGACUGCGACACCACGGAGCUGAGCGGCGGCGGCGAGGGCGAGCUGCACCUGGAGCACGAGCGGGUCAAGACCCAGCUGAGCACCAGCCUCUACAUCGGCCUCAAGCUGAGCACGGACCUGGAGGCCGUCAAGACCGACCUGGACUACACGCAGCGGGCGUGGGAGGACAAGGAGCGAGAGCUGCAGCGCUUGCUGGAGACGCUGGGCACCCUGGACGUGGCGGAGGCGCCGGCGGAGCCGCGGGGCGCGGCGGGCGGGGGGCGGCCGGCGGCGGGGGGCGGCAGCGCGGCCGGCUGGGUGGAGCAGGCGCGGGCGCUGCGCAAGGACCGGGCCGACGACGGCGAGGACUCGGACACGGGGCUGAGCUCCAUGCACAGCCAGGACUCGGACUCGGUGCCCGUCUGCGAGUCCCUCGUUUAGCCCCCGGCCGCGCAGCCGGGCCCCGCGGCGCCGGGGAUGGAGGGAGGGCGGGCUCCGGCCCGGCCCGCAUCGCCACCGGCGGGGUCCCUGCCCGCUG